GAGUUACAAGACUUAGAAAACCUACCAAGCACAAUUAAAUGAAGUACAUAUGUACAUGCAUAUGAAGGAGAGAACACACAACAUGGAUAUUAAACGGAUUUGUCCAUUAAGAAAGUGGAUGCCGUAAUAUGCACUAUCAUGGAGUAGGCGCUGCAAAAAUGACAAUGAGACUCGACUUUGAGCAACAGGAACCGAUUGUAUCAGCAGCAGCAACAGGAUCCAAGGAUAUCAAAUGCAUCUACAAUUGCCCAUGCUUCUGCUGUCGACAGGGCUGCUGCGUUCUAGUAUGCUGCUGCAGCUGCACUAACCUAAGCCUGAUAUGCUGCACAACAUGCAGCAGCAGCAGCAGCGGCAGCAGCAGCAUCAACCUCUGUGCGUCGACGCAGCGGCUCAAGGCGAAUGCCUGCAUUCGGGUAGCGGCCAUAAUGAUACUCGGCGUGGUCGUCACACUUGCUCGUCAAUGGAUGGUUGCACUCCUGGCGCUGAUGACCAGAUACAUAACGCUGUUUAAGAUGGGCCACCAAAUAGCUGCGCCCAGCUCCAUGCCAGCGCCUAACAGCGCGCCGACCAGCAAUGGGGAGAGUAAAUUGAAGGAACAGUAUGGGCACGGUCAUGCUUCCUAUGACAUCACAAAUGACCAGCAGCUGAAGACGAACAACCUGUGCAAAAUGUUUUGCAAUAAUCGCAAGAGGCAGAGAAGACGACGUCGGCGUCGCCGUCGACGACGGCGGAGGCACAACAACAGCAACAACAACGGGAGCAGACAGCAGACGGGCAGCAGCAAACAGCAGCAAUAUCAGGAUAGCAGCAUAUUUCUGCCAAGUCUGGAAGUACUGCGAGAACGAGAAGGAGACAGCGCAAAAAUAAUGGCAACAGCAAAAAUACGUACGUGCAAUUCGACGUCGUCUUUAAAGACUUCCGUUUCGUCAUGGCCAUCGGGCGGCAAUUACGGCACAAUGCGCCAUUUCUCUAAAGCCAAACGCAACCGUGCUAAUUUAGUGUGGCUGCUUAUUUGUCUGUUUUGGCUUGAGGUUAAGCUGAUCAACUGCAAUGCGAUUGCGAGCAGCGGCGGAUAUGUUUCAAGUCUGGUCACACAGAAGGGCUGCACUUUGUGCCAACUUGAAGAGGGCAACUUUUACAGCGACAAACAUAACCCACACACAGACUACAACAACAACAACAACAACAACAACAACAACAAUGACAAGUACAAUAACCACAACAACAACAAUUACAUCUAUAAGAAAACUAAUCGUAACCAUAACAAUAUCGGGCUCAGCGACCGGGUUCGUUUGGAGUCGAUAAAGCGACAAAUUCUAACGAAACUUGGACUCACCCAUAAACCAAAUGUAUCCCAUCCGCUACCCAAACAGUUCAUCUGGGAGACGAUCUAUCGGGCAGACGGUGGCCAAAUGGUUACCAACGAUGUCUUUGACAGCGACAGGCUGCAGACCGUGGCCGAGAUCAAUGACUACCAUGCUCCCGAUUCCGCCAGUAAAAAUGUGGCAUACACGAUUAGCAGGAGCACCAAAAGCAGCCAGAAGGCAAAUCUAUUAAGAAAUCGAACAGCCGAAAGAAGAAACACAGCCACGUGGCAGUGGAACGAUUCGAUUCAAACAAAGGGCACAAGGGCCACGGCAAAUGGUCCGGCACGGACCGCGGACAGUUCACCAUUGCGAGUCGCCAGAAAAGAGGAGCAAGAGGAUGGUGUCAACAGGAAAUCCAAGUCAAAUGCUUAUAGAAAAUCAACAUAUCUUAUUGAUAUAAAUCGUAGUAGUGAUAGUGAUAGCACCAAUAACGACAUAAGCGGUGGCGGCUUCGAGCACAAUGAUCAUAUUUAUUUUAAUGAUUACAGCGUCCAGAUCCAUGCCAAAGACCAUAAACCGAAACUUCAGCCCCAUAAUGCUCGAGGCAAAGAGAAAGAGGCUUUGACACAACACACAACCAUGCCCAUGCAGGAUCACGAUGUCGUCGGCCUCGAGCGCGAAGACUUCUUUGGCAGCACACAAGAAAUUAUCACCUUUGCCGAGGAGGGAACACAAUAUCGGAAGUACCGUAUAGUCGAGUUUGCUCCUCAAAAGGCGCGUGUUCCAAACCAAAAGAUAUCCAUUAGGAGUGCGCAAAUGCACAUUCGCAUCGAAAAGCAGCCGAAUGAAUGGGACGCAAGAGCCGAAGCCCAACAUCAAAUACAACAGACAACAAUGAAGGGUAAACGGAAGAACCACGCAAAUGCACCCCGCCAAAGGAUCAAAAUUUGGGUAUUUCGAAUGACCGAGGGCAUAAAUAUAACCGAAAAGGCAAUAGAUCAGGCCUUUUUGUUUCGGGCAUCCUUUGAAGUGGACACCGAUCACCUGGGUUGGCAAAAGUUCGACCUAACCGAAACGAUUCGCGAAUGGUACCGCGACGCUACCGGUGAAAAUCUGCGUCUAUUGAUCGACUGCACUGGCUGCGGUAGCCAAUACUCGCUGCAUCUCUUUCAGUGGUCUGCACCGAAUGCCUACACAAAGAUGAAGACUGGCUCGGGUCACGUGAAUCCAAACCGCCCAUUUCUCGUGCUCCACACCGAAUCGACCCGGCCGCGGCGUGUUCGAAGACGGGCGGUCGACUGCGGCGGCGCGUUGAGCGGACAAUGCUGCAAGGAAUCGUUUUACGUGUCGUUUAAGGCACUUGGCUGGGACGAUUGGAUCAUUGCGCCAAGGGGAUAUUUUGCCAAUUAUUGCAGAGGCGAGUGUACUGGACCGUUUCGUACGCCGGACACAUUUCAAACAUUUCAUGCGCACUUUAUUGAGGAAUAUCGCAAAAUGGGCCUGCUGAAUGGCAUGCGUCCCUGUUGUGCUCCAAUUAAAUUCUCAAGCAUGUCCCUCAUAUACUACGGCGACGACGGUAUUAUUAAACGUGAUUUGCCCAAGAUGGUCGUCGAUGAAUGCGGCUGUCCUUAAUCACUCUAAUGUAUCUUUUGUGAAAAGCAAAGAUAAAAUGGACUGGAAUUACUAAGCUAAACUAUUUUCCGUCCUUUGAAAUCAUAAGAUAAUAGCUCCUUACUUUCCAAAUGGGCCACUCCUAAAUAAUUAAGGGUUGCUGGAAUGAACUCUAAACAAUUGGCCCCGAAUUAAAAUCAAAUAAAUUUUAAAAGUAAACGUUACCUAUGGGUAAUAUUGGCAUAUUUAAAAUUUUAAAGUGAGGGGCGGGUAUUUAUUCUAUGUAUGUACGUAUUUAUAUAUAUAUAUAUCUAUAUAUCUCUAAUUAAAGUUUACAAAGUGCCUAAAUCAGCGAGAAAAAUAUACUAAAUGCAUACCUAAACAUUAACAAAUGCGAAUAACAUUAAGUAAUAAUUCCAACCAUACAAGUGUCUUUACCAAAUACUUAUUACGAGUACUCUUAGGCGACAAUUAGCGUAGAGCUGUGCUGUAGCGUAGCCAGAAUGUCAGAUAGGGUUUCAUAUAUUCAGAAUAUGCCUAUUCCAACUUUGAUUGGCAAAGCAAAUUAAGCCCCAUUAUCAACAUACUUGAUUAUUAUUUAACUUGUUGUUCUGCAUCCGCGUAUCUGUCUAUCUGUUUUAAGUGCCAGCUGGUCGUUAAGCUGAAACAGGAUCCAUCUCUAAGAACCAAAAUACUUUCUUACUAAAAGUAAAUUUUUAUUUUCAAGAUUGAGGUUAAUCUCACCAAUUAUUAGUUUAAUUAUCUUACAGCUCCUCUUUCUUCUUCUCAUCUUUUUUUUUUGGUUUUAUUGUAGCCACAGUCUAAAAGUCGAAGCCGGAUUCUCGUUAAAUUAAGAGUUUGUUUAUCCCGAUUGCAUCUCCCAUUUGUUUGCCAUGUGAUUUAAACAAAAUUGUACAUAAAUAUUUCUUUAUUCUGUUUCUGAGCUUCGUUUCUCAUAUUCCGUAAAUCUUCAAAAAUGUGUCGAAUCUUAAGAAAGUUCUGGAAUAGGCACAACAUUUUCGGUCUGCCGGAUAGUAAAAUUUAAUAGUUAGGAUAAAGGUUUUCAUGCCCUUAUAAAUUUUUCAUUCUGAGCCGAUUUUUAAAAAGUCAUGCCAAGCUAAAUUUAUUAAAUAAAUUCGAAAUACACAAAAAACAACAAAGUAAAACUUUCAUCAAAUCGAAUGAUAUAAUAUAUAUAAUAUAUGAAUGCAUGUGCAUGUGUGAGUACAUCUAGAUAUUAUAUAGGCCAUUUACAAGGGCCACAAAAAGUGUGUGUGGCUGUGUUUAUUCAUUAUACUGUACAUUACCCACUGAAUGAAACAGAUCCACACACAUUAAGAUGUUUCUUUUAUUACUCUCGACAGUUGAAUACAAACUUACAUUUAUGAAAUUACAAAAUAACAAAAUAAAAAUACAAAUAAAAAUAAAAUUAACACUCCUGUUGCUCAGAACCAAGCCGUUAAAUAAA